AUGGCUCGCCACCGCGCCAGAGAAAGCUACCCGCCGCCGCUGUGCGUCGCCGAGCUCGACACGGCGCCUGUCCAGGGCUCAGUCGCUUCGCCCGGGGGUGGGCUCGCCUUUGAAAUGCCGGCAGAGUCGGCGCCGGCACGGGUGGUGAGGGACGAGCCGGGGCGGAGGCCGGCGAGGGCGACUGAGGUGGACGGGAAUGCGCAGGCGAACCCGUGGCCGUUUUACCUGGAUCAAGAGGUCGGGACGGCUGGCGGCGGUGCACCCAGGGAGGAGGACGCAAAGGAGGGCGAGGUGGAACAGGCGAAUCCGUGGCCGUAUCAUGGCCCUGCGUCGGGCGACGACGCACCCAGCGCGACGGUAUACCCGCAGGUUCGGCAGCAGCAAGGGCCCCGGAGGACGGAGUCUCUACAUGGCUCGGGCAGCGGCUCUGAUGAAGCGGCUUUGCAGGAGUCGCUGAAGCAUCCUGGGCAGACGGCGUCUCCGUAUCCAGCUCCUCUACGGGUCUCCCGCCCGAGCAGCACGUCAACAGCCUCCCCUCCGCCUGGCAUCAAGCCGUACUGUCCGCCGCCUGGAAGAGACGAUGUUUCUGCGGUCGGACUAGGCGGUCCGUCAUCCGGGGCACCGCCGAAACCACCGAUCCAAGGUCCUCAGUCUGCUGGCGUGCCGUACCGGCCGUACCGGCCACCGAGCAUAUCAUCUGCCUCGGGGGCUACGACAGCCCAGUCCUCGAGUGUGAUGGGCACGGCACCACAUCACUUUUAUACGCCGUUCAGCUCUGAUGCCGAGCCGAUGAGUCCCCCGAAGCAGCGGCCAGAUGCUGUGCCGGACACAGAGGAUAAGGCUCCCGGACAGAGUCCCUCUAUCAAGCCGUACUCACCUCCACCACCACCACCACCACCGAAGGACGAUUCUCCUGCCGCGUCGACAUACAGUCUAGCACAAGAUGCAGCGCCCACACCAGCAACGACGCCCUCUCAGCCGCAAUCACCACCUCCUGUAGCCAUGGCACACGCUCAAGCACCGCUGGCUCAGCCAUCGCCCAGCGUGACACCCGUUUCGCCGCAUCACACGGCUUCACCGGGAAUGCCACCUUCCCCGGCGUCAUCUUACGACAUCCAGCAAUCUACAUAUGUGCCAUCGCCGUCAUUAUCGCCACUGCCGCACCAACCAAGACCGCAAGUCGCCCAUUCACGCACAGAUUCAUGGCACACUGGGUACACGCCCGUCUCUCCUCCGCCCGCGUAUCCGUAUCCCGGGCCAGAAGGACCAGACUCCUGGCCAACAACACCCCAAGGUCAGCAGCAACAACAACACCAAUAUCCCGCAUACUCACCGCCUCCACCGUCGUACCCGUACCCCGGACAAGGAGGCCGACCAGACUCCCAGCCGACGCCCCAAAGCCAACAGCAUCCCCCGUACUCGCCACCUCCGCCAUCUCCCUACCCCCCUCAACCGAUAUACGCAGCAAACACAGGCCAGCAAAACCCGCCGCUUCCAGGGGGGAAGCCUCCGCCGCCUCUGCCUCCGCGGCGACCAAACGUCUCGUACGGCGGGUUCGGCGGCGGGCCCUCCAACGCGGCCAACUUCCCGCCGCCGCCGAAAACCCACUACAACCCGGUGCCGCCGCCGUACCCGCCUCGUCCCCUGGGCAGCGGCACGUCGAGCACGUCCCUGUUCAGCGCGAGCUCCGCGAGGAAGUGGCUCGAUAAGACGAGCCAGGUGCUCGAGAGCAAGCUCGAGUCUGUCCUCCAGGGUCCCCAGGGGCCCCCUUACCGACCGGCAUACGCGCCGGGCCCGCCUCCGCAGGCCUAUUCUCACGGACCGCAGACAAGAGGGGUGCCGCCGGGGGGAUAUGGCUACGGUCCCGGGCCCUGGGGACCGGGGGGGCCUGCGCCGCGUCCUCCGCCUCCGGGGUGGAGGGGGCCGCCGUAG